AUGGGCACAGGUGGCGUUGAUAGUGGAAAGAUGCCCCAGAGGUUGUCGCCGAUCAGUCACGUACCGGUCACGUUUACCGUACUCGUCUCGUCUCUGUUCUUAAGCCUGUACGCGGUGCCAAUGUCGAAACAUACCGACGCCGGACCGAUGAUCAGACUCUGCGGCGAAAACCUCGUGAAAAUGAUGAAGGUCGUAUGCAACAACUGCUUCGAUGGCACGCCAUUGAACCUUUGCAUCUGCUCUUUAGAAUCAGAGACGUUUAAAAGAGCAACCGAUGAAAACCACCUUCGGGAGCAAUGCCUGUUUCGAGCAAUCGCCAACAAGUACAUGGAUGAAACGGAGAACACUGGCCUACACAAACGGAAGCAGAAACCGGCCGGCAUCGUCGACGAAUGCUGCAUUCGAUCUUGUACAUACUCAUACAUGCGAAAGUUCUGCUGCAAUUCCGAAGCCGCUGCGACAGAAUAG